UUUAAGCUUGUUCUUUUGUUUAUGUUUUGAAUUCAUGCUGAAUUUACAUCAAAACAUGAAAUUUUGAAGGCCUACUAUUUUUGCAAGUCUAUGGAAACUGGCACCAUCAUGCAAUGUUUUUGGACUUUGACACUAUGAUAUAUCUGUCUGUGUAAAACCUUGGUUGUUCAUGAAAAAUGUUGAUUUUAGCAAUAGACAGAGUUUGAAAGUCAGCUAGUUAAAUCAUUUAAGGUAUAUAUAUGAAAGUGAUCAUGUCAAAUGCACUCAUGAUCUUUGAUUACUACUAAUUAUUAUGCUAAUUUGUAGAGUCACUGUAUAGAAAUCAAAUCUUCACAUUAUUAAUUUUAUUCACCUUGCCGUGAGAAUGACGCCGAAACAUCGGCUUUUGACCUUAAUGGUUUUAUUGAGUCAUUUAAUCAUAGCCUGUAUCUUAAACCAUCAUUGACGAAGUAACAAGAACAGAAACAACAGAAACAUUUUACAACGCCAGAAGAAGCUCAGGUCAGAGUAACAGCUUAAAACCCUCCAGUUGCAUUGUAGCAUCGGCAUUAAGAUGAACCAAAAUAAACAACAGAGUCAGUGUUCUAGUAGUUUCAAUUAUUUGCAUUAGGAAACAAACUUAAGAAUAGAACUCGGAGUAGGCCAAAAGGAAAAGAUAAUCUAGUAGCAUGCUGAAGAUGAACGUCUUGUGUUGUUCCAGGUAUUAUUUUACACAAUAAGAAAGCCAUCUUUGAAUAGUCUGGGUGGUUAUUGUCGAUGUUAUUAAAAUCGACAACAAUCGAUAUUCUUGAAGACAGGAAUUAUUGAUUGCUAUCGAUUUUUGCCAAACAAUAGCAAUUGAUGAAGAAAUUUUUCUGUGAGUUAUCAAUUACCAAUAUCAAUUGAUAGCAAUCAGCUAUUGAUAUUGAUUGAUGUCAAUUAAAUUGCUUGAUUUCCGAUAUCGAUUUUUAUCGAUUGACCACCAAGGUAAAUACAAACUGGAAGUGAACCGAGCAGGGGUGAGUACCUGUGUGACUACCGUGCCAGAGCUAUCAAUUGCACUCUGCACUAUCAGAGAUUGUCUCACUAGUUUGAUGUUUCGUUCAAGACAUUUCAGCUGGUGCUUGAGCCUUAAUCAGUUGAAAUAUUAACGUUAGAACGUGUGAUUAAAAAAGCAGCGCGUUGAAUGAGCGCACUGAAGAAAAUUCUGUGUGCAGUUUCAAGAAAAUGUAACGUGAGACUUAUGUGCAUGCCAAAGACUUGUAGUAAGACUUCUGGGAUGGCCAUGUGGUCAUUUCCAGAUUGUGGAUCCUUUGUUGACAUUCAGGCUCCAAGAAGACUCGCUCGUGAAAGUUAGCCUCAUGUGCAACAACUCUGACACUUCCAAAAUCCAUUUCGUGGUUGUUUUCGUGGACAUGGCAGGAGAUCUUGGAGUCAUGGUUGAACAUGGAAACAGCCCUGUUUUGUUUUGUAAUCCAAGUUUUCAGUGAUCGUUCAGUUCGACUGUAGUAUACAGAACUGCAGUUGGUGCAAUUGAUUUUGUACACUGUACCAGAUUGUGGCUGGUCAACCUUUUCCUGGGCUUUUGGUCUUGGGAACAAACUGUUCACAGUUCUGAAUGAGUUAAAGGUGACUUUGAUUUGUUGUUGCCUUAAGAUUUGACUAAUCCUUUCCGAAAUGCCCUGCACAUAGGGUAGCACCACGAAAUCAUUGGAUGGUAGAUCGGUGGGGGUUUCGACAGCAAUCUUUCACAGCUGUUGAUGAAGGAUGAGCAGUACAGCCUUCACACAUUUUGUUCACAUUUCCCUUUCUGUGUUGAUGGUACAAAAUCAGUGUACAAAAUCAGUUACACCAACUGCAGUUUUGAAAAAACGGAUUACAGAACGCGAAAGGGCUGUUUCUAUGUUCAACCAUGACUCCAAAAUCUCCUGCCAUGUCCACGAAAACAACCACAAAAUGGAUUUUGGAAGUGUCAGAGUUGUUGGACAUGGGCUAACUUUCACAAGCAACUCUUCUUGGAAGCCUGGAUGUCAAUAAAGGAUCCGCAAUCUGGAAAUGACUACAUCGUCAUCCCAGAAGUCUUCAAGUCUUUGGCACGCACAUAAGUCUUACGCCACGUUUUCUUGAAACUUCCCGUGGAAUUUUCCUCAGCACGCAUUUGACAUGCUCCUUUUUGAAUCACACGUACUAACAUUAUAUUUCAACUGCACCAGACGAAACGUCUUGAACAAAACAUCAAAAAAUAGUCAGUGUCAAACCAUUAUCUUACAAUGUUAGCUCCUGACUACCACUACUCUAUGUUUUUGAACUACACAAUUGUUUGGCAGUGAAUGGGACUAAGAUUGUUGGGUGCUCGCUGGGAACUUGAAAUAGGGAGGACAGCAACACAUCCCGCAAAGUAAUGGUAAUAGUUUGUCAGCAACACACCCUACAAAGUAAUGGUAAUAGGGGUGGCAGCAACACACCCCGCAUGUAAUGGUUUAAAUACUACUAUUACUAUUCACACUCGCUUUCAGUGUUAGGUGCACAGGCCACAUCUUCUGAUAUGUUGCGUAACCUGGCCUAGGUAAAAAAUGUAAACACAACAGACUUUUUUACGGUUGAACUCGACUUUUGAUCACUUUUAGUCGUGAAAGACGGUUUUAGUUGACAUCAAACUAAGGUUAGGAGAAUCAAGAAGUCAUUCUGUGAGAGAUAAAUCAACUGUUUUGAAUGUUGACAUCUUACAACAGUAGCAGCCUAAUUCUACUGGAAGUCACUAUUGAGAGCCAAUCAACUACACGCAAAGCAUUGUAAGUACAUGGCUCUUGUAAAUCUGGAAACAUAUAAAGUCCACAAUCAUUAUCUCCUUCAGCCAUUUGAGGUAAGUGAUUAUCAUUUAUCUGUCAUUUCUUCCAUCAGUAACUGGAAAAAUUGUCUGAUGGUUGAAAGAUGUUGCCUAUACACAUAACACUGAAAGCGGGUGUAUACCAGGUAUAGUCAAGUGAUAAAGCAAUAAUCGAUAUUAAUCGGUAACAAUUGCCAAUAGCAAUCAAUGAAGAAAAAAAGUUGUGAGUUAUCAAUUGUUAUCGAUUGCCAAUAGUAAUCAAUAGCAAUUGGUUCAUCGAUUGGUAUCAAUUAUUAUCGAUUGUUAUCAGAAAUUAUUUGAUAUGCUUCUGAUGUAACAAAUAAAGAAGCCUCGACUGUGCUCUGUUCUGUUGUAAAGCUCACAGGAAGCGUUAGAGCACAAAAGAAGUGUAGGGGAAAACAUGGGACAAAGUCAAGUGUUUUUCCCUACUUCUUGAGUGCUCUACCGCUUCCUCAAAAGGAAAAUAUAAUCUAGUACAGCACCAUGCUGAAGAUGAGUUCACAUCUCGUGUUGUCUCAGGUGUUAUUUUACACAAUAACAAAGCCAUCUUAGUUCUCAGGUGGUUAUUGUCGAUUUUUUUUCAAUCGAUAACAAUCAAUUUUCCCAAAGACAGGAAUUAUUUAUUGUUAUCGAUUGCCAAUAUUAAUCGAUAGCUAUCAGUGAUUGAUGUCAAUUGAUUUCUGAUAUCAAUUUUCAUUGAUUGACUAUGCCUGGUGUAUAAAUUGUCAUUAUUGGAUAUAGUUUUGCUAAUGUUUUGGCAGAAGAUGAUAUGGUACUACAUGUAUUAAAUUAACAGCACUUUUUAAAAAGGCACAAACUCUGGUCGAGUCAAAAAGUCAAGUGAUGGUAAUGUAAUAUACAACCAUUAGCUCAGGUUUUGAGCUUAAGAGUUUGUGUGUAAUUGAAAGGUGCAGUUACUGUCAAUAAUACAAUGGCUUUUCCAUUUGAAACAUUACUUCUUUCAGUGUCAUCCGUCACACUGACAUUCAACCAUCUAUCAGACAGCACGACAAAUUUAGACUUCACAUAUUUGAGCAUGGCUUGCAGGAGGUUAUUGGUAAAAAAGAAAUCAUGGCUAUACUUGAGCCCAGCAGGACCCAACAACAGACCAGAGAAGAGGGAAGAUCUUUAAAGAGAUUACAGAGAACAGGAAACAGUAGUGUCAUUACAGAGCACUUUACUGCCUCAGGAAUUGCUGAUCAGCAGGGUCCCAGUUUGUGGGUGAUAAUAAUGGCUGUUGUCUGUAUUAUCGCUCUCAUGUUACCAUUGGAAAGUGAAAAGCAGUCAGAUCUGCCUCACUAUCUUCUGUUAUCUGUCAAUCAGAAGUUAUUGGCUGCUUUUAUCUUAGAAAUGGCUGGGGCCUCUGUAAACACAGCUUCAGUGCUCACUCAGAACCAAACUAAACCACCACAGGAUAGGAACAUUAGAGGCUAAAUACAAUUAGUGUAAUGUUGCAGCUCACAUUAAAACUAAUUAGUUAUUAAUAUUACAUGGAUGAGCUCAAGAAUUCUUUCAGGAGGUAGUUGAUGAAGCCAAAGGGCAAUUUAAUUAUCACUUCAUAGAAAUCGAGAGGGCAUAAUCUAUUUUUUUAGUACAAAUUUUGUUUUAACUUUAUUUCCCUCAAAUAACAAUUUCCAGUUAUAACUCAACAUAUAAGUAGUAGUAUUAAACUUCACCCUUUGUGCUUGAACUUAACUCUCAUUUGAGAAGUUACAGCAGCUGUAUAUGUGGUUAAAGUUGCUUAUCGUCGAGUCUCCAUUAUUUAAUAUCAUAAAUUUAAUAUUAUCGAGUAAUGUUCUAAAAUGUUCCUCCAAAACUUUGGAAAAAACGAGAAAACGUCUGGAGCCAUUUUUGGAGACAACUAUCACGUAUCGAAGGCUGGUAUAGUUUAGCACUAAAUUUUCUUUUGUCAUCAUUUGCCAAAAUGAUGAGCACUAGCUAUCAGGCGAGAAAAUGCCCGUGGGCUGCCAGACAAUAGUGCCGGCAUGCUCAGCAAAGAAGCUCAUGAAACGAAUCUUUUAGUUACAGUUCUUUAGAUGAAAAUGUAAUGAAUUCACCCUCCCAUAUGGACCUCAUUAGAAGAUAGGACGAAGAAGUAGUUUUCAGGCUGAAAGCUAACUAAAGGAAAACUACAGUACAGUAAAACGGCAAGUGGUUGCAGAGAUUUCAGAGAUUUGCAAGAUUUGUUUUUCAUAUGUAGAAUAUUCUUUGCACGCAUAUAAAUUUACUCUCAUCCAAAAAGGAUAUCUUUUUGAAAAUGCGAAAACUCCAAGUACCCCAUAGUGGUUGGAAAUUUCAAUAAAUAAAUUCAUUUCGUCUUUAGUUUUCAGGCAUCCCGCAUGAUAGAGUCCUUACGUAAAGACAUGCAUGAUGAUCAGUUGAUGCCGAUAGUGUACUCAACCACUCAUAUUGAAUCAUUAGUAGAAUUCUACUAACUAGAUUUCAUCACUAGAAUGUAACUUACGCUUACAAGUAACUGAAAGAUUCCAGUAUGGGGAUUCCCAUAUAAGAGUGGCAGAAUGUUCUUUGGGACGUUUGGUGGAACCCAGAAUCUUGAUUGGUGGGUGAAAUUGAAAAGUGGACUGUGUGCAUUGUCGAUCACUGUAAUAUCAACAAAACAUGAUUUGAGAUGGAAAACUUGUAAUUGCCACUUUGAAAAGCACAUUAUUGGGAAGUAUAUUAAAUAUAUUUAUAUGUACUUACAGUUUUUAAAAUGUGUACAUGCAGUUAGAGGGAAAAGUAAAGAAAUUGUCUAACUGGAGAAAUAUUUUUAGUUCUACAAAGUUUUGUUAACCUCACCUGUGAAUGAGUCUUAUGAUCAGUCAAUCUUGAUUGAGAAAUAAAGUAGGCUAGGGGAGAGAUGAAACAACAAGGACAAUUCAUAAUAAUAAAUAUUACUGAUUUUGCUCAGUGUACUUGAAGACAAUUUUUUAUAGAGAUGAAACAACAAGGACAAUUCAUAAUAAUAAAUAUUACUGAUCUUGCUCAGUGUACUUGAAGACAAUUUAUCUCACUUGUUUAGUAUUCUUUAGUUUUUAUUACUGUAAUGUCUGAACACCAGACAGGUCCUCAAUGCAGGCAGAUUCCACACAAGAAAACACACACCCGUUUUCAAGCCACCAUCUUCCUUUAUUGUACUACCCACAAUGCCUUAGGGCUGGGCUUGCACAGGCAACCCAGUUACAAUCACUACAUCUCCCCUCUUUUUAAAUAAAUGCAAUGGUACGAUGAAAGGUUAGACAAAAUCAGGUAUAAAGUAUAAACUAUAACAAGUAAAGGGUACAAAAUCCAGUGCUAAUAAAAGACUUUCAAAAUGAAAAA